AUGAUCCGACGUGGAUGGAAUCAGCAAGGCGAGCCAAUCAAUGUCAAUCCAUCACCACCACCACGAUGUUAUUCAGUUCUAGUGCCACUUCCAUUAACAUCAUCAUUGUAUCAAUCAUUAGCAAAUGAGAUGAAGAAGAUUAAUCAAUAUAUUAGAAUUAUUGCCAUCGAAGAAGUGAAAAAUCCUCUUCUCGAAGAUACCUAUGAAGCUAUUAAAAAAAUGAUUGCCAAAGAAUCUCCAGGUUCUAAUCCAAACGAACGAAAAUUGUUCCAUGGUACUAAAGCAGACGGUAUGAAGGGUAUAGUAGAAAAUGGCUUCGAUGAUCGAUUUUUUAAUCCGACUGGAGCAUGGGGUAAGUGUAUGACGUAG